AAUAUCCGCACGUUUUACAACUAAAUAAGAUAUUUAGUUAUAAUGCAGAAUUAAUUUUACGUGCAUAGUAAUCUUAAAUGGUGAUUAUUUUCAUUCAGUACUGAAUUUAUAAUAUUUUAUACGUUAAGAACGAUAGCUUAGACAACAUUUUACAACGAAUAAUAAACCUUAACCUUAACACCCGAAUAACAACUGAUUAUCGAAGUAUAAAUAAUAAAUCUCUGGCUAUUUCUUUAAAUAUAAAUUAUCAUUCUUUGGUGUGAUGGGUGCUUCGAACAUUUGACCGAUAAAUCAUUGGGGGUUAAAUAAUUCACAUUGAUAUUGCAGUACUUCUUCGGUGAUAGUUAAAAUUUGAUCUGCUGCAGGAAAAACACACAAGGGAGAAGAUGUCUGAGGAAGAUUAUAUCAGACCAAAUCAGAUAAAGCCUGCUGAUAAUUUAGUAACGACUGAUCCUUCAGGAUGUGUGAGAUUAAGGAUUCCAGAGAGUGGGAAGGCUAUUGAGACUCUCCCUCCUAUUUCUGUUCCUGGCUACAUGAAGAGGGCUGCUGAGCGAUAUGCAGACAAAAUAGCCCUGGGCUGGAAGGAAGGCAGCACGUGGAAAACCUUUACUUACAGGGAAUAUUUAAAACAAAUCCGAACCACAGCAAAAGCUUUUAUUCAUUUAGGCUUGGAAGAGAAGCAUUCCGUUUGUAUACUUGGUUUUAAUAGCGUAGAAUGGUUUCUUUCGGACUUAGGUGCUAUCUUUGCAGGAGGUAUAGCAGUAGGAAUAUACACUACAAAUUCACCCGAAGCUUGUAAAUAUUGUGCAGAAGUUAGCAAGGCGAACAUAAUUGUAGUGGAAGACGAACAACAAUUGGAGAAAAUCUUAAGUAUUCGCUCAACUUUACCCCAACUCAAAGCUAUUGUACAAUAUAGUGGCGAACCAAAACAAAGUGAUGUGCUAAGUUGGAAACAAUUGUUGGAGAUCGGGGAAAGCCUCCCGGAAGAAUUAGUUGAUGAAAGACUGAAACGAAUAGGAAUCAACGAAUGUUGUACGCUUGUUUUUACUUCAGGAACUGUAGGAAACCCAAAGGCAGUCAUGCUAAGUCACGACAACCUGACUUACGACGCCACUGUCAUUUUCGAAAGACUUAGGCUAUCUGUUGGGGAUGAAGUUCUGGUCAGCUACCUUCCCUUAAGUCACGUGGCAGCUCAAACUGUAGAUAUUUACUUGUCCAUGUGCGCAGGCGCGGCAGUGUACUUCGGUGAUAAAAACGCUUUAAAGGGAUCCUUAAUAAAUACCCUGCAAGAAAUACGUCCAACCAAAUUCUUGGGAGUUCCUAGAGUUUAUGAGAAGAUUUAUGAGAAAAUGCAACAGGUAGCUGCUCAGAAUGGAUUCAUUAAAAAAGCGAUUGCUUCGUGGGCUAAAGAGUAUACGCUUCAACAUCAUCUAGACUUAAUAAACGGAAUUGAAACAAAAUCAUGGGCUUACGCUUUGGCUAGUUCGAUCAUAUUUAAAAAAAUCAAAGAAGCGCUCGGACUACAAAGGUGCAAUUUCUUCUGCUCAGCUGCAGCUCCCUUGUCUUCAGACAUCAAAAAAUACUUCAUGAGCAUAGACAUACCCAUAAUGGAAUGCUUCGGAAUGUCCGAAGCUAGCGGAGGUCACACUCUCGCAAUAGAAUCAGCGAAUAACUUAAAUAGCAUAGGAACGACAAUACCCGGUCUAAGAACUAAGAUAUUCAAUCCCGAGCCUGACGGUCAAGGUGAAAUAUGCAUGUAUGGGAGACAUAUUUGCAUGGGUUAUAUAGGCGAACUUGAAAAAACCCGCGAGGCUAUUGACGAUGAAGGGUGGCUUCAUACCGGUGAUUUAGGAAGAAUUGAUGAAAAAGGUUUUGUAUAUAUUACAGGGAGAUUAAAGGAACUGCUUAUAACAGCCGGAGGAGAGAAUAUCCCACCAGUCCCUAUAGAACAACAGGUGAAGCAAGAACUUCCACAUAUUAGCAACGCAUUUUUAAUAGGUGAUAAACGAAAAUUCCUUUCCGUUCUGUUAACUCUCAAGUCAGAAGUUGAUCCCGAAACUGGUGCUCCUUUGGACCAACUUCUUUCAAGUACACAGAACUGGCUGAAAUCUUUAGGCUGUCCCGCGACCACUGUGACUGAGGUUUUGAUAGCCGGCCCUGAUCCCAAACUAAUGGCUUCCAUUCAGGAUGCCAUAAAACGGGUUAAUGAAAAGGCCACAUCGCGCGCUCAGAAAAUUCAAAAGGUUUCUAUUUUGCCAGCGGAUUUCUCUGUUGUUACUGGCGAAUUAGGUCCAACAAUGAAAGUGAAAAGAAAAAUAGUCGAUCAAAAAUAUGCUGAUAUAAUUGAAUCAAUGUAUAUCUAAUUUAUGUCAUGAAAUUUGUUAUGUUAUAUUUUAUACGUAAAAAAGAAAUAAAGAAACAGGGUUUAUAAUAAAACAAAGUUUAUUUUGUGAAAAUAUUUUUCGCUUACAAGUAAAAAAUAUAAAUAAUACCAUCGAAACUUAAAUCUAUGUAGUAACUAUCUUACAUAGUUAAAAAAAUAAAUAAAUGUGUGGUAUACAUAUAUGCAAUAUAAACAUUUAUACAUUCAGUUUGAGUUAUUGUUUAUUACUUCUAUCUCUACAGAUACCCUUUUGAAAAAAGAAAUGAAUCAUUUUAAGUCUACCAUGUAGAAAAAUAGGUUCUAUUUCGAAUUCACAUUUUUUUAAAAUACAUUUUAGAGAUGUUAAAUAUAAACAUCUAUUUUUAAAGUUCUAAAAAAAGUAUCAAAACCCUCUCAACUCUCAACUACUCUCUAGAAUAAUUUGUUAUCUCAUAUUAAGAACAUAAAAGGAUUUCUAUAAAGAGCUUUUUACGGGC